GGCAGCAAUAUACUUACUCCGUAGUACCCCAGCUCAGAGCCAAAGCAAAGCUUGCCGGCUUGAUCCUCAUCCUCGACCGGAUGGGAUGCCGUGGUUUUCACCGGCACGACACCCUCUUAAUCUUCCAUGGCGUCCUCUGUUUCCUCGCCGCCCGAGUGGAGCUGCGCUGAGUGAGCUCACGUGUGACGUAACACCACACCCACCAACAACGGCCAGGACGAAUCCCAGUGAUCUCUCUCUCUCUCUCUCGGUAGCCAGCCUAUAUAUACGACCGCACGACGGCACCAAGAUUCGGCAGCGAUCGGCAAUGGCUUCUGCGGCCGUCUGCUCCCCUAAGCAGCAGCAGCAGCAGCGGCGGCGGGAUGAGGAGGGGGAGACGGAUGGUGGGGUUGUGAAGAUCGGGCGGGUGGACGACGUGCAGGAGCUGCAGAAGGCGUGCGCGGGCGACGUGCCGGAGCGGUACCUCCGGGACGGCGACGACCGGCCGGGCGGCGCCAACGUCUGCGCGCACGCGGAGAUCCCUGUCAUCGAUGCCGGCGAGCUCCGGCGCGGCGGUGGCGGCGGGGACGAGCUGGAGAAGCUCAGGAGAGCCUGCGAGGAGUGGGGCUUCUUCCAGGUCGUGAACCAUGGCAUCGACGGCGAGCUGCUGGACGAGAUGGAGAGGUUGUCGAGGGAGUUCUUCAUGCUGCCGCUGGAGGAGAAGGAGCGCUACCCCAUGGCGCCGGGCGGCAUCCAGGGCUACGGCCACGCCUUCGUCUUCUCCGAAGACCAGAAGCUCGACUGGUGCAACAUGCUGGCGCUCGGCGUGUCCCCGGCGUUCAUCCGGCAGCCCAAACUCUGGCCGACCACGCCGGCCGCCUUCACCGACACGCUGGAAAGGUACUCCGCCGAGGUCAGGGCGCUCUGCCAUCGCCUCCUGGAGCGCAUCGCCGAGACGCUGGGCCUGGCACCGGGCACGUUCGCGGGCAUGUUCGGCGACGCGGUGCAGGCCGUGCGGAUGAACUUCUACCCGCCGUGCCCGCGGCCGGACCUGGUGCUGGGGCUGAGCGCGCACUCCGACGGGAGCGCGGUCACCGUGCUCCAGCAGGACGCCGGCCGCGCGGGGCUGCAGGUGCUCAGGGACGGCGCGUGGGUGCCCGUGCACCCCGUCCCGCACGCCCUCGUCGUCAACCUCGGCGACUCGCUCGAGGUGCUCACCAACGGCAGGUACAAGAGCGUCGAGCACCGGGCGGUGACCAACGGCGAGCAGGAUCGGCUGUCCAUCGUGACGUUCUACGCACCGGCAUACGACGUAGAGCUCGGCCCACUGCCGGAGCUCGUCGCCGACGGGGAGCCGUGCCGGUACCGGAGGUUCAAGCACGGCGAGUACAGCCGGCACUACGUCACCAGCAAGCUCGAGGGCAAGAAGACGCUGGACUUCGCCAAGAUCAACUAGACCGCCAAGAACUAUAAUCCUAUAAUAUCAUCACAGACAAAACACACUGAAGUUGAUCGUGUGUUUAUGUACAGAACUGCUAAGUAAUUAAGGCCUGUUUGAAAUCAUAAUAGAUUAUGAUAAUCUGGAUUAUGAA